UAUAAUUUAAAUUUUGGGUAAAUAUUCAUAUUCCAUCGUCUCCCGCUUGUCUUCCUCUACUCUUCACCAUUUUUCUCGACGGUGAACCACCCCAUUUCACCGGCGACGACGAGCGAGAUGAAUCUUUGUGCCAAUGAAUUACAUUUUUCAUAGCAAUCCAACGCUUAAGCCAUCGACUUUCAUGCUGACCCUGAAACGAUUUCACUCCAUUCUUUCACACACAUCUUUCUCUGACUCCAACUCCAUUAACCAUAAAAUCUCUUUCUUCCUCUCCACCCAAAAUCUCACCCUCCAAUCUCUCCUUACAUAUCAUGCUCUCAUCAUCACUUCCGGUAACUCCCACAACGUUUUCAUUGCAUCAAAGCUCAUCUCUCACUACGCCUCUUCUCUCAAAGGACCAACCUUUUCCGCUAAGGUUUUCGGUUCAGUUCAUGACAAGGAUACUUUUCUUUGGAAUUCUAUAAUCAAAGCCCAUUUUUCUAAUGGGGGUUGCUCUGAUUCCCUUAACUUGUUUUUUCAAAUGCGAGUUGCGGGUUUUGUUCCCAACCAGUUCACUCUUCCCAUGGUUGUUGCUUCGUGUGCGGAUUUGUUUUUGGUUGAAUAUGGGAAGAGCAUUCAUGGGUUGGCUACAAAAAUUGGGCUUUUUCAGGGGAACUCUGUUGUUGGGUCUUCUUUUGUGUAUAUGUAUAGCAAAUGUGGUGAAUUGGGUGAUGCGCAUUUGGUGUUUGAUGAAAUGUCUGAGAGAGAUGUUGUUGCCUGGACUGCACUUGUUAUUGGAUAUGUUCAUAAUGGUGAGAGUGAGAAGGGGUUGGAGUGUCUUUGCGAGAUGCAUAGGAUUGGUGGCGAAAGGGAGAGACCGAAUUUUAGAACUUUGGAAGGUGGGCUUCAAGCUUGUGGGAAUUUGAAUGCUUUGAUUAAUGGUAGGUGCUUGCAUUGUUUAGUGUUGAAAAAUGGAAUUGGGUGUUCUGAAGUAGUUAAGUCUUUGCUUUUGUCUAUGUAUUCGAAAUGUGGUACUCCUUUGGAAGCUUAUUUUUUGUUUAGUGAAGUAAUGAGCAAAGACCUUUUGUCAUGGAUGUCGGUUAUUAGUGUUUACUCUAGAUUUGGGCUAAUGGAUGAAUGUUUAAGUUUAUUCUGGGAAAUGCAGAUUGCUGGGAUAGUUCCUGACGAAAUUGUUAUCAGUUGUAUCUUUCAUGGUUUUGGCAAUUCCUUGUGUGUAUACUCGGGAAAGGCGUUUCAUGGAUUAAGCAUAAGGCGAAAUUAUUUGUUUGGUGAGAUUGUUUACAAUGCAAUGUUAUUCAUGUAUUGCAAAUUUGGGCUGUUAAAUCUUGCAGAAAAGCUCUUUAGAGGGAGGUUGGAAUGGACCAAAGAGUCCUGCAACUCUAUGAUUUCGGGCUAUUAUAAGAUAGGACAUAAUGCAAAGUGCAUAGACUUAUUUAGAGAGAUGCAAUGUCUAGGCAUUGAAGCUAAUUCAGAGAGUUUGGUAACUGUAAUUUCUUCUUGUUGCCAAUUGGGAGCAACACAUCUUGGUCGAUCACUUCAUUGCUAUUCAAUAAAAAGUUCCAUAGACAAAACUAUCUCAGUUUCUAAUUCACUCAUAGACAUGUAUGGUAAGAAUAGUCAUUUGACAAUAGCAUGGAGAAUAUUUUUCCGGGCACAGAGAGAUAUUGUCACUUGGAACACAAUGAUCUCAUCCUAUAUUCACAAUGCAAAUUUUGCUGAGGCAAUAGCUCUAUUUGAUGAAAUGCUUUCAGAAAACUUAAAUCCAAACUCAGCAACAUUGGUAAUGGUGCUUUCUGCUUGUUCUCAUCUCGCUUCUCUUGAGAAAGGAGAAAAGGUUCACCUUUACAUUAUGGAAAGAGGACUUGAGAUCAAUGUAUCUCUUGCAACUGCAUUGGUUGAUAUGUAUGCAAAAUGUGGGAAGCUUGAGCAAUCAAGAGAGUUGUUUGACUCAAUGAGAGAGAAGGAUGUUGUUUCCUGGAAUGUUAUGAUCUCAAGUUAUGGGAUGCAUGGACAUGCCAAAUCUGCAAUAGACAUAUUCCGAGAUAUGGAACAUUCUCAUGUACAACCGAACCAACUGACAUUCCUUGCUCUUCUCUCAGCUUGUAAUCAUUCAGGUCUUGUGGAAGAAGGGAAAUAUCUCUUUAACAGAAUGCAAAAUCCUUAUGGUCUGAAACCUGAUUUAAAGCACUAUGCUUGUAUGGUUGAUCUUCUCGGUCGGUCUGGAAAUUUGCAAGAUGCUGAAACUUUGGUUCUCUCCAUGCCCAUCUCUCCUGAUGGUGGAGUGUGGGGAUCUUUGUUAAGUGCCUGCAUAAAACAUCAUGAAUAUGAUAUGGGAGUAAGAGUUGCCAGGCAUGCUAUUGAGUCUGACCCGGACAAUGAUGGUUAUUAUAUAAUGCUUACAAACAUGUAUAGUUCUAGUGGAAGGUGGGAUGAAGCUGAAAAUGUAAGGAGAAUGAUGAAGGAAAGGGGUGUGGAUAAAGGAGCUGGGUGGAGUGUAAUAUAAAUAAUGUAAAGAGAUUCUUGUUCAUUCUUGUUUAUGCAUUCUCAACCUGGGUUAAAGGAGUCAUGGGAUUUACCUUUCAUUGAGUGAUGAAAGGGUGAAAACAUUCAUCUGAAUAGGUGUUGGCACAUCUGGCGAAAUGGGGCUAGAACUGCUUCUAAUCUGAAAAGAUAAUCGGGUUCUUAAACCUAUUGUGGAACGCUUUUACUUAAUCUUGUGGAGACCUGGUUGUUGAUUUGAAUAAAUUUAAUCAAUCAUAUUCACUUUGGAUAUCAUUGUGAAAGAAAAAUCCACCCUUAAGUGUGGUUUGGGAUUUUCACUUGUGAAUAUUUAUGCAGUCUGGAAUUAUUUUAGUUAUAGUAAAAUAAUGGCAUUAAACAUGCAUAUGCUGUUAUCUUUGCAGGGACUUAAAGUAGCCAUGGUAAGUCCUGGCCUGGGUUUGUUUAUGAGCCAUAUGUUCCUCGUGAAGCGGUCUCUUUUGGGCAGAUAGUUAUCUUUCAAGUGAGUUAGAGUAGUUUUGGCCCUUUGGGGGAUAAUGUUUUCUUAUUGAUUUUCAUUUCAGUAAAUUGGAUUUAUAACAAAGGUAAUGGAGGCAAAACUGCUUAGUUUCAUUGAUGUGAUUGUACUGUCAAGAUUCCAUUGAAUUCAUUUAAGUUUAAAGAGUAUCCCCAAAUGUCAUUGUUAAGACUGCCUUUAGUCCAUUUUGGUUUUCUUCCUUUAAUGCAGUCCUCUUAUCAGAUCUUUUGAUGUUUGCUACUCUCAUAUGGUUUACAAGACCCGGUUGGAGAUGAACGAAAGAUGAUAUGAUUUUCGAGAUCAAUACUCUAAUAUCAAAUGGAGACGAAAGCUCACUUCGAAAGGCAGUUACAGAGACAUACUUCUCCCUUUUUACAGACACGAAAGAAUGAAAUUAAACAAAGAGAAUCCAUGCGUAGCGAGGUGUGAUCUAACUUAUUGUCAAAAUUCGAACCCUUCUUGCUCGAAUGGCAAGUUUUUCUUUUGCAUUUAAAGAAUAUGUACAAUUUUAUUUUUUUUAGGGGUCUGGCCAAAUAUUAGAAAAGGAUUUGUAAAUGUGAGAGUGUUUGGAGAAGAGGCUUCUUAAUUUUGUGUUUACAAUGUAAAUUAAGAGUGGUGAGUAGAAAACAUUGGAUUGGAGGUGUUUCAAUGAGUUUUAAUAAAUUAAAUUCUUUGUUGCUU